UCAGAGCCGCCCCUGGGCCGGGCGGGCGCCUCAGCCAUGGCCCUGCGCAAGGAGCUGCUCAAGUCCAUCUGGUACGCGUUCACCGCACUGGACGUGGAAAAGAGCGGCAAGGUCUCCAAGUCCCAGCUCAAGGUGCUGUCCCACAACUUGUACACAGUCCUGCACAUUCCUCAUGACCCCGUGGCCCUGGAGGAGCACUUCCGAGACGAUGACGAUGGUCCCGUAUCCAGCCAGGGAUAUAUGCCCUACCUCAACAAGUACAUCCUGGACAAGGUGGAAGAGGGGGCUUUUGUUAAGGAGCACUUUGAUGAGCUGUGCUGGACCCUGACGGCGAAGAAGAACUAUCAGGUGGAUAGCAACGGGAACAACAUGCUCUCCAAUCAGGAUGCCUUCCGUCUCUGGUGUCUCUUCAACUUCCUGUCUGAGGACAAGUACCCUCUGAUCAUGGUUCCUGAUGAGGUGGAAUACCUGCUGAAGAAGGUGCUCAGCAGCAUGAGCUUGGAGGUGGGCUUGGGGGAGCUGGAGGAGCUGCUGGCUCAGGAGGCCCAGGCAGCCCAGAGCAGCGGGGGGCUCAGCGUCUGGCAGUUCCUGGAGCUCUUCAACUCAGGCCGCUGUCUGCGAGGUGUGGGGCGGGACACGCUCAGCAUGGCCAUCCAUGAGGUCUACCAGGAGCUCAUCCAGGACGUCCUAAAGCAGGGCUACCUGUGGAAACGAGGGCACCUGCGGAGGAACUGGGCAGAACGCUGGUUCCAGCUGCAGCCCAGCUGCCUCUGCUAUUUUGGGAGUGAAGAGUGCAAGGAGAAGAGGGGUAUGAUCCCGCUGGAUGCGCAGUGCUGCGUGGAGGUGCUGCCCGACCGAGAGGGGAAGCGCUGCAUGUUCUGUGUGAAGACUGCCUCCCGCACCUAUGAGAUGAGCGCCUCUGACACGCGCCAGCGCCAGGAGUGGACAGCUGCCAUCCAGACGGCGAUCCGGCUGCAGGCAGAGGGGAAGACGUCGCUGCACAAGGACCUUAAGCAGAAGCGGCGCGAGCAGAGGGAGCAGCGAGAGAGGCGCCGGGCCGCCAAGGAGGAGGAGAUGCUGCGGCUGCAGCAGCUGCAGGAGGAGAAGGAGAGGAAGCUUCAGGAACUGGAGCUGCUGCAGGAGGCGCAGCGGCAGGCGGAGCGCCUGAUGCAGGAGGAGGAGGAGCGGCGCCGCAGCCAGCACCGGGAGCUCCAGCAGGCGCUCGAGGUCCAGCUGCGCGAGGCGGAGCAGGCCCGGGCCUCCAUGCAGGCUGAGAUGGAGCUGAAGAAGGAAGAGGCUGCCCGGCAGCGGCAGCGCAUCAAGGAGCUGGAGGAGAUGCAGCAGAGGCUCCAGGAGGCCCUACAGCUGGAGGUGAAAGCUCGGCAGGACGAGGAGGCCGUGCGCCUCGCCCAGACCAGGCUGCUGGAGGAGGAGGAGGAGAAGCUGAAGCAGCUGCUGCAGCUGAAGGAGGAACAGGAACGAUACAUCGAGCGGGCGCAGCAGGAGAAGCAGGAGCUGCAGCAGGAGAUGGCCCUGCAGAGCCGCUCUCUGCAGCAGGCCCAGCAGCAGCUGGAGGAGGUGCGGCAGAACCGGCAGAGGGCCGACGAGGAUGUGGAGGCUGCUCAGCAGAAGUUGCGCCAGGCUAGUACCAACGUGAAGCACUGGAAUGUCCAGAUGAACCGGCUCAUGCAUCCAAUUAAACCUGGAGACAAACGUCCCACCACCAGCAGCUCCUUCACAGGCUUUCAGGCCCCUCUACUUGCCCGCCGCGACUCCUCCCUAAAGCGCCUGACUCGCUGGGGAUCCCGUGAAAACAAGACCCCCUCACCCAGCAGCAGUGAGCAGCAGAAGUCCCUCAAUGGUGGGGAAGACGCUCCCAGCUCAGCUUCUGCGCCUCAGGAAGAUAAACUGGACCCGGCACCAGAAAACUAACCUCUGCCAGCCUCUUGCCCCCAAUCUCAUGUCUACCAGGACCUGGCCACAGCUGGUCUGUGGGUGACACCAGCCUCUGCAACAGAGGGAGCUGCAGCCCUGGCACCCGGGGCCCAGGCCCUCGGACCAUGACACAGCCCGGGUUGGAACCUGGCUCAUUUUCUUUUGCACCAGCCCCAGGCCUCAGACCCCUGAGGCUGUCAGGGAUGUUGAUCCUUGAGGACUUGACCCUGUGCCUUAACUCCAAGGGCCCUAUGCCCUGGGCUGGGAAAGAGAGUCAACGAGCAAGCCAGGGACCACCUGUCCCCAGACUGCCACCAAGUUUGGAGGCAUAUUUCCGAAUAAAAACUGCUAUUGGAAUAAA